UAUGCAAGGAUCAUUAUUUACAUUGGAACUAGAAAAUUUCAAAUCUUUUAAAGGCAAACAAACUAUUGGGCCUUUCAAAAACUUUUCUGCAAUUAUUGGCCCGAAUGGAUCUGGAAAAUCAAAUCUUAUGGAUGCAAUCUCGUUUGUUUUGGGGGAAACUGCAAAAAAUUUGCGUGUUAAGAAACUUGCGGAUCUGGUUCAUGGAGUUAAUGUACAGGAUGCAGUUUCUAUAAACUGCAAAGUUAAAAUGAUGUUCCAUCAAGUAGAUGACGAAGCGAAUGAGACAAUAGAAAAAACCUUUCAACGAUCUUUAACUGAAUUUCGGGUUGAUGAUCAAAAAGUUAGCGUUGGUGAAUAUCACAAAGAGCUUGAGAAGAUUAAUAUAUUUAUAAAGGCACGCAAUUUUCUUGUCUAUCAAGGUGCUGUUGAACAAAUUGCAAUGCAAGGUCCGAAGGAAAUGACUCAACUUUUUGAAGAACUUUCUAAGUCAUAUGAAUUACGAGAUGAUUAUGAACGUUUGAAACAAGAAAUGCAUGCUGCUGAAACUAAUGCCCAAGCUAAUCUUACGAGGAAGAAGGAUAUUGUUUUGGAAAUGCGUGAGGCGAAGCAAGAACAAAUGGACGCUAAACGUUUUCAGAAUUUGAAACAAGAUUUGCUUGAGAAAAAUAGAGAAUUAUAUUUGGCUCAACUCUUUUUUGCUGAAAAACACAAAAGAGAUACUGAAGAAGAAUUGGAAAAUCUUAAACGACAAGUUAAAGAGAAAAAGAAGGAAAAAACAGCUUAUGAUAAAGUUUUGAAAGAUAAGCAAGAGGCUGCAAAACAAUGCUACAAUGCUAGAAAUAAGAGAGAAGCUAAAGUUCAAGAAAUCGAACGUCGAAUGUUGGGUGAGAAGCCUAAAAUAGCUCAAAUGAAGCAAAAACUAGCUCAUUCUGAAAUGCGUUUGGAAAGUAUAAAGAAGGCUCAUGAUAAUGCUGAAAAAGCUGUUAAGAGUCUUGAUCAACAGAUAAAGGCAGCUGAAGCGAAUAUUAAAGAAAUUGAAAAACAAAAAUCCGAAUUGGAGAAAAAGCUUGCUGAAAAAUCAAAGCGACAAGGAAUUAAUUUGAAUGAAGCGGAUGUUAAAGAAUAUCGUCGUUUAAAAGCAGAAGUUGAAAAACGUUGUACAGUUAUUGGAACAGAUUUGGAAAAUAAACGUGAAGAAAAAAAAUCGGCGGUAGAUGCAAAUGAAUUCGAUAGGCGUCGUUUACAACAAAAUCAAGAAAAAUUGGAUGAACGACAGAAAGUAUUAGAAACUGAUAGAAAAAAUUUGGAAGCACUUGAACAAACAGAAGAUCGUCAAAGAAAAGAUUUGGAAGAGGCAAGAAAGAAGUUGGAUGAGUUACAAAGGGAGGUUGCAAAUUCAAAAGAAAGGAAGAAGAAAAUGGAAGAGGAAUACAACAAAGUAUGUAAAGAAAUUGCUGAUGCACAUGGUGAUCAUUCAGAAUCUGAAAGAAGCCGUCGACAACACGAAGCUGUUGAAAAUUUGAAAAGAGUUUUUACUGAUAAAGUUUAUGGACGUCUUGUUGAUUUGUGCAAGCCUUCAAAUAAAAAAUAUAAUUUGGCUGUUACAAAGAUUCUCGGCAAGCAUAUGAAUUCAAUUGUUUGUGAUAAUUCUGACACUGGAAAAGAAUGUAUUUCUUAUUUGCGUGAACAACAUUAUCCGCCAGAAACUUUUUUGCCUGUCGCCGAAUUACGUGUUGAACCAUUUCGUGAACAUUUGCGUACUUUAAAAGAACCUCCAGGAGUAAAAUUAACUUUUGAUGUUAUUGCUCCAAAUAUUACUUCUGAUUCAAAUUUAAAUUCAAAAAUAAAGAAAGCUUUGCAAUUUGUUUGUGGAAAUUCUUUAGUUUGUGAACAGCCUCAACAUGCUAAGGGACUUGCCUAUGGAAUUACACGAAAGGGUGAACGUUAUAGAUCUGUUGCAUUGGAUGGAACACAAUUUCAACCAAAUGGUGUAAUUAGCGGUGGAAGUUCUGAUUUAAAAGUUAGAGCAAAAAAAUGGGAUGAAAAUGCAAUAAGAAAAUUAAAAGAAAAGAGGAGUGAUUUACAAGAAGGUUUACGUCAGUUACAUGCAAAUUCUAGAAGAGAAUUGGAUGUUGAAAUGGCUAGAAAUCAAAUUAGACAUUUGGAAACCCGCCUCCGUUUUACGCGAACAGAAAUUGAAAGAUUUAGAGAACAAAUUGAUCAACAAGUAAGAGAUAAUGAAGCAUUUGGUGAACCUGGUGAAAUUCGAGCUAGAAUUAAUGGAAGAAAACUUAUAAUUGCUGAUUUGGAAAAAGAAAUUGAGAAACUGGAAAAGAGUAAAAAUGAAGUGCAAGAUGAGGUUUUCUCUGAUUUUUGUAAAAGAAUUAAAAUCAAGGAUAUUCGAGAAUAUGAACAACGUGAAAUGCAAAUCCAUGAUGAACAUGAAAAAUCAAUUAGUGCAUUUACUCAUCAAAUUGAACGUUUAAAUUAUGAACUUGAAUAUCUUCGUGGUGAAGAUAGGCAAGCAAAUGUUAGAAAAGAGGAAGAACGUUUAAAUGUAGUUAGAGCUGAAAAGAAAAAAGCAGAAGAAGAUUUUAAGGAUAUUGAAGAACGUUAUAAGGAUUUGGAAGAUAAAUUAAAAAAAGUAAAAAAGGAAGUGGAAAGUACAAGAGAAGAAGCUGCAAAAGCAGAUAAGGAAGUGAAAGAUGCAAAAAUACAAAAUGCUGAAAUGGAUAGGGAGUUACAUGCAAUUGAACGCAGUUUAGUUCAAAAACAACAAGAAAGGAAUCGAAGAGCCGAAAAACGUCAUUCACUUCUUCAUCAAUGCAAAUUAUCGUCUAUUAAAAUUCCUUUAAUUAGUGGAUCUCUUAAUCAAAUUAUGCUUAAUUCUGAUUUGUCAGCUGAUGAUUCCCAAUCUACUUCAUUAAAUCAUUCGCAAAGUUUGGAGGCUGCUGAAGAAAUUGAAAUUGAUUAUAGAGAUCUUAGGGAUUCUGUCAAAAAGUUAGUAUUAGAUACAGAAAUUAAUGCAUUAUUAGAUGAAUUAACCAAAUCAGCAGCUGAAACAGAAGAAAAACUUUCUAAAAUGGUUGCACCUAGUGCAAAGUUGGAUCAACGUAUUGAUAAAGUAAAAGAACGAGAAAAUGAAAAUUUGGCAAAAUUGGAUGAAGGCCGUAAGAAAGCACAAUCAGCUAGAAGAGCUUUCGAGAAAGUUAAGACGGAGCGGUUAAAACGUUUUCAAGAUUUUUUUGAACCUGUGGCUAAUCGAAUUGAUGAAGUUUAUAAGGCAUUAAGUCAAAACGAAAGUGCCCAGGCAUAUUUGGGACCAGCAAAUACAGAAGAGCCUUAUCUGGAUGGAAUUAAUUAUAAUUGUAUUGCACCUGGAAAACGUUAUAGGCCAAUGGAUAAUCUUAGUGGUGGAGAGAAGACUGUUGCUGCAUUAGCACUUUUAUUUGCAAUUCAUUCAAGUAACCCCUCACCAUUCUUUGUUUUGGAUGAAGUUGAUGCUGCACUUGAUAAUACAAAUAUUGCAAAGAAUUGA